GACUUUGAUGGGCGACUUCCUCAAUGGAAAUCGACAUUCCCGGACUAUGAUUGUUGGAAUGACUUUUUGGAACCGGAAGAUCCUGUAAAUUGGAAAGACUUGAGGUUGCAGGUUGAACAAGAUGAGUUGCCUUCAUGGAGAAAAGUGGUUGCAGAGCGACUGCAAGAAGUCCACUUUGUCCAGGCUUAUGAAACUUUAGCCGACCAACGGCUGCCUCCGUGCUUCCUGGGCAUCUUGUUUGCAGCCGCAGUUCGUUUUGGCCAUUGCAGCGAGGAGGAGGCAGAGAGUUGUACGGCUUCCGAGACGGAGCUUCUUUCGCAGGUCAUUCAAGAGAUCUUUCGCAGCACACGUUUGACUCUGGAGCUUCUGCUUGGCACCCGUUGGCCGGUCUUGGCUGCGCUGGAUAGCAUCAGGCUUCCCGCGUACUACGAUGAUCCCGAGCUGAGCUGCACAGAGAUUCAGGAGCCUGCCUUGGACUGGUUGCAGUUACGUCAAGCUUUGCAGGCACCUGACUGGUUUCAUGAGGCCAAACACCUCGUUUACCGGAGAAGCUUCCAGGCGAACUGGCUGGCCGGCAUGGAGGAGUGCACGUAUGGCUUUGCGCUGGUGUCCCUUUGGAAGCUGGCUGUUUGUGCGGAGACGCAGGCUGAAUGUGUCAACCAGUAUGCUGUGAUCAUUGACAACAUGUUUCGCGAACGUGACUGGCAAGAGAUUGCCUGCAAUUCGUGGGGUAUGUUUGGAUUUCUUGAUCGAAUUCGAGCUCCACUGAAGCGGCAUGAGUUCCGACUGGACUUCCUGCCCUCCGAGCUCCAGGGUGCUUUCCCGUUGCUGGAGAGACCGCUCUGGGGCGCUUCAGAACCAAGCCCUGGCUGCCUCGGGACGUUUCGUGGGGCUUUUCUUCGCAGGUUUGACACGUUCUUGUGA